AUGGAGAUAGUCAUGCUAGUCCUUUAUUCUUUAUUUGUCACGUACGACGACAAUGCCAAUGCCAAGAUGCAGAACAACGAGACAAAUCCAAUGGACAACUCAAUGUAUCGGGAUUACCCAUAUUUCGCAGAUGUCCAAGUCAUGAUUUUUGUCGGUUUCAGUUGCUUGCUCGGCUUUGGCAGGUUUUACGGAUUCAGCGGAAUGGUUUUCACCUUCCUCACGGCUGCCUUUUCAAUCCAGUGGGCCAUUUUAAUCCAAGGUUUUUUCCAGUUUUACUACGACGGCAAGAUUCACAUGAGUGUCUUGGGUUUGCUGUACGCUGAAUUUGCGUGUGCCGUGGUGCUCAUUUCUUACGGAGCGGUUCUCGGGAAAACAAGCCCGGUGCAGCUUGUGGUGAUGGCGUUGCUGGAAAUCCCAAUUUUUUCCGUCGUGGAAUGGGCAGUCCUGAAGUAUAUCUGUAUUACCGAUUCUGGAGGAACCAUUCUUAUUCAUCUUUUUGCUUGCUAUUUCGGACUUGGCGCCACUUUCGUCUUGUAUAGGCCAAGUUUGAACUCUGGACACCCCAAGGAGACAACAAGCUACAAUUCCGAUAUUCUCUCGCUACUGGGAACGCUAUUUUUGUGGGUUUUUUGGCCUUCGUUCAACUCCUCGUUGACGGUAAAAGGCGAUGACCAACACCGCGCGAUCCUGCACACGUUUAUCGGACUCAGCUCGUCGACUAUGACCGCUUUCGCCCUGUCUGCGAUGUUCAACAAGCGUGGUAAGCUAACGAUGGCGGACAUCCAGAACGUGACGCUCGCUGGUGGAGUCACAGUGGGGGCGUCUGUGGACAUGAUGAUUUCUCCGGCCGCUGCCUACGCAUUGGGGGUGAUGGGCUGCACAGCUUGCUUCUUCGGCUACAAAUACUUGACUCCGUUCAUGGCGAGACAACUGAGAAUCCAGGACCAAUGCGGCAUCCAUAACCUACACGGGCUAACGGGGAUAAUUUCAUCGACUGCUGGGAUCUGCGGCAUUAUGCUAGCAACGGAAGAAACGUACGGACCUAGCUUGUAUCAAAUCUUCUCCCAUCGUGCCCCAGUGGAGGGAGAUCCCAAACUGCUCGAACUGCAGCAGCUAAUCCCAGGACUAAAACCCGGGUUGGGUCGCACGGCUAGAGAGCAAGCGCUAUUCCAGGUAGCCGCCAUAUUUGCGACGAUAGCGGCUUCAGCAGUUGGGGGCGUGCUGACCGGAUUUGUGAUGAACCUGAAGUUUCUAGCGUCGCCGUCGGAUGAAGAUUGCUUCGAUGAUGCAGUGUUUUUUGACGUGCCUUCAGAUUUUGACACCACGUUCCUUCUCCAGAUAGACCAGAAUUCAGAAGAGAAAGGUCAAACUAUCCCCAUGAAGGUGGCAAAAGAUCAGUAG